AUUCAACUCCCCAAUUGCCAACUGGGGAAGACAAUGAACAUGCAAAUCUCUAACCCAAGAUCAGUCGCAGUUGAAUUAGUCCACCUUUGGAAAAGGCCCACGUAUAUAUGCUAGCUUAAAGUUAUUUCAUCAAAUUAAAGAGUUGGCAGGCAAGGCAAUGGAGUACAAGCAUUUCAGCCAUCCACACAACCUGAAGCUCUACCAAGUCCAGCAGGGGCAGCAGCUCCGCUGCUGGGGCUGCCACUCGCCAUGCCAGGACUCGGUCUACGCCUGCUGGAGCUGCAACUUCUUCCUCCACGAGCACUGCGGCAACGCCACGCGCUAUGUAAAGCACCCGUACCACAGGCUGCACCCACUCAUCCUUGUCCCGCGGCCGACUUACACCAGCGGCUCCUUCCUCUGCAACGCCUGCGCCGCCGCUGGCACCUCCUUCUCCUACUGCUGCGCAAUGUGCGAGGUCGAUCUCCACGUUCCCUGUUCCUUCUUGCCCCCAACGGUAAACCAUCCGGCCCACCAGCACGAACUAAGCCUCUCCCAUGUCGAAUUCCCAGCCACGGAAGCUUCGCCGACCAGUAAUUGUAAGCUCUGCCAUCAGUUGUUGCAGUCCCGGCAAUGGAGUUACAGUUGCCGGAAGUGCGAUUUUUCGGCACAUACUUUCUGCGCCACCAGAGAGGUGAAGCCUGGGCUGUAUCAGGACGACGAUGACGACGGCGAUGUUCCGGAGCCUGAUUCGAACGGUGCCGGAAGCAGCUCGGAGGCACCGGCCGGAGAUGCGGUCGCUGAGUUGUUGAAGCUUCAACUUGAGAUGGAGAUGGCUGCGCAUCUUGCGCAGAUGAUGGCGGCGUGUAAGGUUAACUUCAAGAUUUAAUAUCAGAAGUUGACUUCUUUUUCUUUUUUAAUUUAGAAGAUUCGAAUUUGUCAAAUCCUAUUUUUCCCAC